UUGAGGAGGAAAAUAUACGUCACUACAUACUUCAUCCAGGAGUUAAAACUGACUGGACAUGUUUGUCUUGUUAUUUUUAAUUUAUUUCCAGCAUGACAGGAAACACAACACUGCUUUCCAGCCCCACAAAUGUCUUGGACAACUCUUCUGUGUGGAAUGUCUCUGUUCCACCACCCCUGCCUGACUGGGAGACCCCGACCUUCACCACAGCUGCUCGGUUCCGUGUUGUGGCCACCCUGGUACUCUUUGUAUUUGCAGCAGCCAGUAACCUGUCUGUGCUGCUCAGUGUGACGCGGGGUCGAGGCAGGCGCUUGGCCUCACACUUGCGCCCACUCAUCGCAAGCCUGGCCUCGGCAGACCUCGUCAUGACUUUUGUGGUGAUGCCACUGGAUGCAGUGUGGAACGUGACGGUGCAGUGGUAUGCUGGGGAUGCCAUGUGUAAGCUCAUGUGCUUCCUGAAGCUGUUUGCCAUGCACUCGGCUGCGUUCAUCCUAGUGGUGGUGAGCCUGGACCGACACCACGCCAUCUUGCACCCAUUGGACGCACUGGACGCAGGACGCAGGAAUAGGAGGAUGCUGUUGACUGCAUGGAUACUCAGCCUACUCCUUGCUUCCCCACAGUUGUUCAUUUUCCGGGCAAUUAAGGCCAAGGGAGUUGACUUUGUCCAGUGUGCUACACAUGGAAGCUUCCAGCACCACUGGCAGGAGACGGCAUAUAACAUGUUCCACUUUGUCACACUGUAUGUGUUUCCUCUGCUUGUCAUGAGCUUGUGCUAUACACGUAUCCUGGUUGAAAUCAGCCGCCAGAUGCACAGAAGCAAGGACAAAGCAGGAGAGCCUUGUCUGAGACGCAGUGGAACGGAUAUGAUCCCCAAAGCCCGUAUGAAGACCCUAAAAAUGACCAUUAUUAUUGUUGCCUCUUUUGUCAUUUGCUGGACACCGUAUUACCUCCUUGGAAUCUGGUACUGGUUCCAGCCACAGAUGCUGCACGUAAUCCCUGAUUAUGUUCAUCAUGUCUUCUUUGUUUUUGGAAACCUCAACACAUGCUGCGAUCCAGUCAUAUAUGGUUUCUUUACACCAUCAUUCCGUGCCGACUUGUCCAGAUCUUUCUUUUGGAGGAACCAAAAUGCUUCAGCCAAAUCUCUGGCGCAGUUCUCUGGCCAUAGGAGAGAAGUCAGUGGGGAAGCAGAGUCAGACUUGGGCAGUGGUGACCAACCCAGUGGACAACAAGCACAAAUGAUUUGAACUCAAUAAUGUGCUAAGAGUAUGUGUGAUUGUGGAAAGAUGAAAUGUGCUGAUUAAAUGUGGUAUUAAUCAUGUUUUUACGUCUGUCUUAUCUGCCAGUCUGUAGAUGUUCCAUGCGCUCUAGAAUUCUCUAAUCAUGAAACAACAUGAGUGUAUGUCGAAAUACAGUCCAACCCUGAAAUACCCAUGUAGUAACUGUAAAUGAAUCUCUAUAAAGGUCAGUUCAUACAAUCCCCUCUGAAAGUAUUGGAACAGCAAGGCCAAUUCUACUGUUUUCAAUGACCCAAAACACACUGCCAACACAACAUAGGACUUCAUCAGGGGGAAAAUGUGGAAAGUUUUAGACUGGCCAAGUCAAUCACCAGACCUUAAAACAGUUGAGCAGCAUUUCACCAGUUUGGUGAUGUCCGUGGGUCACCGAUGCAGUUACUGCAAGCAAGGA